AUGGAAUCGGAGAGCGAGAACGAAAAAAAGAGAAUCCGUGAUGCAAUUCAGAUGAUAGAGACCAUACAGUCGAUGAUCGACGUUUCAGCGGACAGACUCGAGGGUUUGAGGACACAAUGCUCGACCAGUGCAGAGUUAACGCAGCAGGAGAUCCGCACUCUGGAGGGAAAAUUAGUGAAGCACUUUUCCCGACAGCUAGUAAUAAAGGCUCAGUUCGUAGAAGAGAUACAACGUGAGCUUGGACAUGUGCCGAGUCUGCGGCAGUGGCUACGCGUCGUGGGACUCAGUGUUGAUGCUAUAGAGGCUGUAUUAUGCCGAGUGUCGUCACUAGAGACCCUGCGUGAACGCACCGAACAUGAAUUGCGGGCGAUGCUGUGCGGGGCGCGGGACGAGGAGGUCAGACGGCUGUGUCGGGCCAUGCAGAGGCUAAGGACUUAUACUGAAGCCCUAGCCCGAGGAGAUGGAGCGGCAGAACUUACUCUGUACUGGGACUCGUGGGAGCGACACGGCAGAGGCUCGCCCCGCGCUAGAGAUGACCGCAAUUCUAAUAAUAAGAAAACGGGUGGCAAGUCCCCCACCACCCCCAUCAACAAGCGCAAGCAGAACGUGCACCUGCCGCCGCCCGCCGCCCUCACCAAGUCCAGGUCGCACGAGUCGCAGCUGUCUGUAAAACCGGACGCUUCUGAUUUGAGCGACAACAGCCAGUCGUCGGCCGUGUGCACGACGGAAGGCAGCCCGCCCGCGUCGCCGCGCGAGCCCGAGCCCGACCCGCCGCCGCCCCCUAGGUAUAACAAUAAUCCGAUGCCGCCCCUCCCCGCGCCGCGCUCCCCGCGCACGCCCACCGUCAGCGGCUGCAUGGCGCACGACAUCGCUCACCGUUUCACGAAGACAUUCAACAUGAUAGCCACCUGCGAUUACUGUGAUAAGCAGAUGCUCUUCGGUUCCGGGCUCAAGUGUAAAGAGUGCAAGUUCAAGUGUCAUCGUGAUUGUGAAAGUAAAGUUCCUCCUUCAUGCGGUUUGCCGCCUGAAUUUGUUACGGCGUUUAAGGAGAAGUUCCAGAAAGACGGUGCGUUGUACCUGUCGUCGUCGGCGGGCGCGCGCGCCGUGCCCUCGUUGACGCCCAGCCGCCGCCGCCCGCCGCCCGCGCCGCACCACCACCCCCACUCGCAGGGUUGCCCCGACUCGUCGUCCAACACGUCGUCGUGCAACAGCUCCACGCCGUCGUCGCCGGCGCUGGCCGCGCCCGCCACGCCGCAGCCGCACCCGCACCACGCCAAGCAGCAGUUCCAUUUCCCUGAAAUCAAAACGCCCGUGUCGAGUCCGAACCACACGUCCUCCAUACAGUCGCCAGCGAGGUCUCAUGUCGAGGCGAAGGAGGAUCUCACAUCUAGCACUAAAAGCGAAGGUUCAGGUCGCGUGUCAUUAAGCGGUUCCGGUUCCACGGACAGCGGCCGCCACGAGUCCUCUCUAGAUAAUAGAUGGCCAAGACAGAAUAGUCUAUCUAUGAAAGAAUGGGACAUCCCCUACGACGAGCUCAAACUGUUCGAAAUGAUAGGCACGGGUCGCUUCGGCACGGUGUACCGCGGCAGCUGGCACGGCGCCGUGGCCGUCAAACUCCUGCACGUCAACGCGCUCAGCGACCACUCUGUGCCCUUAGAUACGUUUAAACAUGAGGUGGCAACAUUCAGAAAGACUCGACACGAGAACCUAGUGCUGUUCAUGGGCGCGUGCAUGAAGCCGCCGCGGCUGGCCAUCGUGACGUCGCUGUGCAAAGGCAUGACCCUCUACACCCACAUCCAUCUACGGAAGGACAAGUUCACAGCAAACAAGAGUGUAAUAGUUGCUCAGCAAAUAUCACAGGGUAUGGGCUACCUUCACGCAAGAGGUAUAAUUCACAAAGACCUGAAGACCAAGAACAUAUUCCUGGAGAACGGGAAAGUGGUCAUCACCGACUUUGGACUCUUCAGUGUCACCAAAUUGUGUUUUGGCAAUAACGCCCGCGGGGACAGCCUGGGCAUCCCGCCGGGCUGGCUGUGCUACCUGGCGCCGGAGCUGGUGCGCGCGCUGCGCCCGCACGCCUCGCUGCAUCUGCCCUUCUCCAAGGCCACCGAUGUAUACGCAUUCGGAACGGUCUGGUAUGAGUUACUGUGUGGAGAGUAUCCCUUCAAGGGCCAGCCGCCUGAAGCUAUCAUCUGGCAAGUUGGCAAAGGUAUGAAGCCAUCGCUGGCCAACAUGCAGGCGUCAAGGGAUAUCAAGGACAUCCUGAUGCUUUGCUGGUCGUACCGGUCGCCGGAGAGGCCGGACUUCUCUCGCCUGCUGCCUCGCCUCGAGAAGCUGCCCCGCAAGCGGCUGGCGCGCUCGCCCUCCCACCCCGUGCACCUCUCGCGCUCCGCCGACUCGGUCUUC